CUUUUUUGGAAGCAAUACUUCACGUUUAGUUAGGAUUACAUUGUUUGGUCAUUAUAUAUAAGAUAUAUGUAAAACAUAUCUGAGCAUAACUCAGAAAAAAAUCACAAAAUAUCGAAAUGUGUUCUAAUGGCGAAGUUUUUCCUUGUGCUUUUUCUUACUUCCUGGUUGCAACAUAUUUUUCCUCAGUCUACCAAACUCACCGACAAUGUUGAGAUUUGAUUUUGGCACGAAGAUUACGCCAAAUCGCUCAUAUGGAUUGGCAACAUUUUCCUUGGAAUAGAGAAAUUAAGUGUCGAAAUGUCAAUGGAAGACAGAGAUGGUCUGCAAAAGUCCAGAGAAAUAGAGACAAACUGAUUUUAUACAUUUCCAACCAUGGAAAUCGAUAAUGGUGCCGUGAGAGAAGGUGUGUUGGUACCUGUGCUACCAGGUUCGAAAAACUUCGACAACAGCAUUCGGCCUCCACUGCAAAACUCGUACAUGUACAAGGAGUCUAAGCAGUCUUUCAGAUACAACUCUGCUUUCUUGAUAAACAAUGCUACUCUGCAGGAACGGUAUGCGGCUUUCCGAACAAAGAGGAGAGACAUGGGAUACUCAGAGGAAGAAAUGGAGGAGUCCUAUGGCUUCUUGCUGUUUGACGACGAAAAUAAGGCAAAUAAAGUGGGAGAAACUGGUGUUGUCCCUGGACACAGCACAUGUACCACACUUGGAGAUCCUUCAAAGGGUGUGUACGUGUCCAAGUACUCGGACUGCCUGGACUUAAACCGCUGGUACCACGGGAAGUCUGGGUACAUCGCCAUCAUCAAGCUCACCAAGGGCAGGGUCAGAGAGGUGACUGAGAACUACACAGUAAACUACACCUCUCCCUCUAAUGAGUUUGACUGUCAUGUAUCAGAGCAGCUCAGUUCUGUGUCAGCCAACACCAGCUCCUUCCUGGCCUUCGAGAGAACACAGUACUACAUGUAUGAGCUGCCUGUUGGAGGGGCAGUUCAGCCUCCCAGCCAUGUCUGCCCAUUCGCUAUCGUGGCUUUCUCCUAUUGGGAUACCAAGACAUCCGCAUCAGAGGAGCAGGAGAAAAGUGAGGAAGAAAAAACAGUCUUUCACUACUAUCCGUGGAGGGGCCAGCUCCAAAUCAGCUCUCAGAUCUACCAUGUGGGUCUGAAGUCCAGCACAGGACCCCUAAUCCCAGCUAAACUUCCAACAAUGAUGUCAGUUGACGGAGCAAUUCAAAUGUCAGAUCUGAGGCAGAAAUUACCGAAGGCUAUAUUUGAAACCUGCUUCUCCGGUGAAGUGUCUCUGGAAGGAAUGGGUUGCAGUCUGUAUGAGCUUGCACCCAGUGAGGCUGAAGACACCUCUCUCUCUCAGCUCACACAGGACCUCAAGGAGAAAGACCUGGCCCUCACAAUACAACUGAAUGAUAAUGGUUUUCUUAUACUGUUACAUUCAUCUCACUUCCUCACAUAUGAAGAUACUGGGUCCAGUAAGCCAGAGGUAUUGCAGGGGAUGUUUGUGUUUCCAGACUCCAGAGCUAUACACAGAGACACCAAGGUCUGCUGGAAGAAGCCCUUCCUCUCACCAGAGUGCCUCCAGGUGGUGCCGGCACUGAACUAUGCAGAGACAGAGGUGGAAAAGUGCCUCCCUUCACCAAGUGGGGAGCUAUGUGGUUUACUAGAGCAGCAUAUCCAGAGCUACGCUUCCCUCAUCCACCCUGGGCUUACCAUCAGUCCAUCCAGGGAGGCCAGCAUCUUCCCAGAUCAGUUUGAUGUUCCCGACGCCCUCAAAUACCUCUACUCCGCCCCCAAGUGGACUGAGAUGGGAUGGAGACGUCUCAAAUCUUAUUUCCACCAGCCAGGCUCCUUUGAGCUGUCGGUGUCCAGAGCCACGGAGCUUCUGGUGGCAGGGCGAGAGGAGCGAGGAGAUGAGCCGGAUGAUGAUGUCUACUACUGUCUGUCAUCUCCAGAGGGGUCCCCCAUGAGUCCUGCUAGUCUGGGUGGCCCAGAGGAGCAGCAGUCAGGGGGAAAGGCCCCAGGAGACACAGCUGACACAGCAGCAGACUUUAGUAAAGCACUUGUAGUGUCAAUGGAGGACUUUGAGAAACCUGGUAAGACUAUGGAAGACAGUAAUGCAUCAGACAAAGCAGUAAAGGAAGGGAAUAACUUGCUUUCGAAGGAAGUUCAAGAAAGGUUGCCCUCGGAUCUUAGCAAGCCUCUAAUCCCUGCAGACGAUUUUGGGAAACCUGGCUUGAACAAGGCACACAGUAAUGCACCAGGGAUAACUUUGCCUCCAAAAGAGGUGCAGGAGGAGCUCCACUCUGAUCUUUCUCAGCCUUCUGUGUCGGCAGAUGGCUCUGAAAAACCUGGGAAGACCAAGGCUGACUGUAAUGCACCAGGGGUAAGAACAGAGGAUGAAGGGACAAGUUUGAUCCCAGAGGAGGUUGAAGUUGAUGUACAAGAAAAGGUGCAUUCCAAUCUUUUACAGCCUGCAGUCUCUGCAGAGGACUUGGGGAGAGCUGACCUGGCAGCAUUGGGCAAGGCAGACUGCAACGCUCCAGAGGUAGGAGUAGCGAAUGAAGAGACUAACUUGUACCUGAAGGAGGUGCAAAAGGAUAUGCCCUCUGGUGUUUCACAGCCUCCAGUCUCAGCAGAGGUCUUGAGGAAACCUAGUCCGGCCCUGGCGACCAAGCCCAACAGCAAGGCACCAGCGGCAGGCGUAGAGGAUAAUGUGAGAACUUUGCCUCAGAAGGAGGUGCAAGAGGAGGUUCCCUCUGAUCUUUCCCAGCUUGAAGUGUCGGCAAAGGCUUUUGGGAUAGCCAGUAUGAGAGUGAUGAAAAAGGCCACAGAGGUGACAGAGGUUUCAACCUCACCUGCAUCAGGUAACCUCCCAACAGUGUUAGUCAUCACUGCCACUGAAAGAACUGCAACCGUUUUACCUCACAAUGAGAACCUUGACUUGAUCAACACAGAGUCCACCACAAAUAACUCCUCCAGUUUGCCUUGCGCCAAAGUACAGGAUAAGGGCGGAAGUGCUCUCAAUGGGCAACGUGGCAAGGCCAAUCAGCCUUCAAAACCCACAGAGGUCAGUCAUUCCUCUAUAUCUGAUUGGAGGAAACGGCCAAGGAAACGUCAUAGAUUUAGCGGAUUGGGUAAAAGGAUCUUGAGGUCUACAGUGGCUGACUUUGAAGAGAAAGAAAAAGAGGACAUGGAAAGUAUGGAUUCAAGUGAAGUCUACCUAUUGAAAAAGAGGAAGGAACGGAUGGAUUUAAUUCAAGUUAACCCAUUGCAAAAGGAGGAAAGGAUGGAUGUAACCCAAGUUCACCCAUUGAAAAUGCCAAGAGAACUGAUGAAUUUGAUCCAAGAUCCCCCAUUGAAAAAGAAGGAAAAGGUGGAUGUGACCCAAGUUCACCCAUUGAAAAUGCCAAGAGAACUGAUGAAUUUGAUCCAAGAUCCCCCAUUGAAAAAGAAGGAAAAGGUGGAUGUGACCCAAGUUCACCCAUUGAAAAUGCCAAGAGAAUUGAGGAAUUUGAUCCAAGAUCCUCCAUUGAAAAUGAAAAGCAAGGAUUUAAUCCACUAUCACCCAUUGAGAAAUAAAGAAAGUAUGGAUUUGAUUCAUGACGACCAUCCAUUGAAAAAGAAGACAGAACGGUGGGACUUGAAGGCAAUCAUCUCCGAAUGUGGUAGAAUUUUUGUCCCUCACGGUUCAGAAGUUAUCGCCAAGGAUAUAGAAUCAUUGAAAAUUAAGGGGAAAGUGUUAGAUCACAAACAAUGUGCUGACGAGAUGAUGGUUGAAGCUUGUAUCAAAGUCCCCCAACCCAUAGAAACAGGAGAUGGACCUAACCUAGAGUUGAACAAGUCAGAUGAGAACAAAGAUUUGCCCAUAGGGAUGUUAGACAGUAAAGACAGUCUGCAUGAGGUCAAAAUGGCUGAUGUAGGCAAGAUGGCCUCUCUGAAUCCCUCAGAACUGGUCCUGAACAAAGACACGGAUUCUCCUUCCUCAGGAAAACACAAAAAGAAGCGUCAAUAUGUCGCAAUAUCCCUCAGUCAACUAAAGACAGUUCUUUCAAGAGGGGGAAAGAGGAAUACAUCCAUCAAUCCUGCUCCAGAAGAUCAAACAUCACCCUUGAACAAGAAAAGCAAGGCUGAUACUCCUGGCAUGGAUAAAAUGGAAAAUGAUAAUAUCAACAAAACCAACCAGGACAGAACCACAGGUGCUGUUGAAGUUGCAAAGGAACAGACAUUUGGCCUAGACCCAAAGUUUGCACUAGCAUUAGGCUUGACUCCUACGGAGUUGCAUAAUGACGCACACAAAUCUCCAGAAAAAAGUGAUAUUCCGUUAAAGAAAGAUAUUCAGGACAGACUAGACCUGGUCCCACCUCAAGCCACAUCUGACCAAACAUCUGAGGUUUUGCCUAGCUCACCUUCAACAACAAUCAUCUUGGCGAGUCAGAGGAGACCAUUCAAAAAGAAACACGAGCAUGCAGACUCCAUUAGGAAAAAAUGGUGGUUGCAUUAUCGCUCACCAGCUUCUUUAGAAAGUGAGAAAGUAGCUAUAUCCUCCCAAAUAGUGACACUUGACCCGGAUGUCAGCCGUGUUGUCAGUAGUGGUAGCACCUGCGAAUGUGCCAGCACUGUAUCAUGCCCACCUGCAGAUUCUCUGACCCUAUUGGUUAAUUUGGCUCGCAGUACCAGUAAUGACAAAGUACUGGAACAACAGUCAGACCCAAAGGCUCUUGAGAAACAAGAUGACCACCCAAGUUUGGUGAUAAGUGACAACAGUGUCAAAGAUGGCGUCUCUCCUCACGAUCCAGAUGGUGAGCCAGAGUUUGUCCUUCCUGCUCUGCUGAAGCACCCUUCUGCUGCUAGGCUUAAACUCCUCCCUCAGUCUCCGUCACCCAAGGGGCUGGUAGUGGGGAGUGGGGAGCGGGUUGUGUUAGUCUCACACGAACAUUCAUACUCACUGCCGCCAUCCUCUCUACUAUUGGGUUUGUCAGGUUCAAUCCUUCAAGUCCCAAUUUCGGAGGGACUUCUGCAGCAUCGCAAGGAUAUCUUUGCUGACGGAUCUCAAACACUACGGGCCUUCCUGUGUCAGCAGAAGGACCAGAACAGGAAGGAACCCGGAUUGGCUCCGGAAUCCCUGAGCAAAGGAAUCGGGUGCAAGCAGAAGUUCCAUCGCUUCCGGCGGUUCAUUGAAAAAGAUGGCUCAGUUCAAGUGACAAGGCUGUGGAAGGAAAACUACAACUUUAAUUCAGACAGCAAGUUUACCAACGACCCUAAGGAUAAAACAGUUAUUAGAGCCCUACAUGGCCCAUGGGAUUUUGACAUUAAGGACACAAAGGAACAGGUUCAGCUCAUUAUCCACAUGUGGAUAGGUCUUUUCUACAGCAGGUCCACUGCGAGGUUCUGCCAGGCAGACUCAACUCUAACAUGUUUGGAAAAAAAGGAUUCUACAGAAGUGGCUCAUGGAACGGUACCAGCCCAGGUUCCACCUGAGACCAAGACAAGUUCCCCUGCUUAUAUAGCCCUCUCCAGGAUACCAGAACCUGAAGUUUUGGACCUUAGUAACAUGGGUAAAAAAGAAGCACAACCAUUAAGCCUGGAAGCUGAGGUAUUGGACCUUUCAAUGAAAACAACCUCAACUGUGCUAGUCUCUCUAGACACAGAGUCUAAGCAGAGAAUAGAUUGUAAAAAUCAUCCAUUAUACCGAAAAGCAACUACUGGCCUGCACAAGGAAACCAUCUCUUGUCCGAAACAAAGUACAGGUGUUGAGUUAAAGGUUUACAGAGACCGUGUGGACAGCAUGAUGUCAGAAAAAUCAAGUGACCUGGGUGAUGAUGAAGACUAUGAAACCAACAACCAUGAGAAUGACAGCAAGGGUACCCUCCAAAAUGGUGUGUCCCCUUACGAAAGAACUUUGGAAAGUGAUCGAUCGUACAUACUUCUGUGUGAACAGGCAGCAAGUGUGUACAUUCAUCAAGAAAAGCUCCUGGAGACUGAAACUGCUCAGGUUUUGGAGGGCAACAACAAAAAGCUUGUCCAAAAGGAGGAGGAGAUGACGGGUGAUGGAGAACCAAAUGCAGCGUGUCUUAAAACCAUGGGCUCUAAAGAUGUCAAUAAGGAGCAACAACUUAAAGAUAACGAUUCAGUCAAAACAAUGCCAUACACAGAAGUGCAGAUGGAUGGUGAUGCUGCCUAUAUGGCUGACACAGUUGAGAGUAAUGCAAAUGAAGCCAGGGAUGGGGCUCACGUUGUCAUCUGGGAUGGCAGUGAGUCAAAAGAGGAGAUGCACAAAGUAGAUCACAACGUGAAGGAUUCUGUUGAAGCUGCAAAACCAGAAGCGGUGCAUGCUGGGAAAGAUACCACAAACAAGGAAAUCACUAAAGCACAAACUGCUGUGCAUGUUGGGAAGGAUUUCAUUGAUAAAGAUAAGGCACUCAAAGCAGUGCACAGUGAAAAUGUUCCCAGAGAUUAUGGAAACACCAAAGACCAGGUGCAAACUGCAAUGCAGGAUGGGAAUGAUACUAGAGAUGAGACCCUACCAGCGAUGAUUUGUGGAGAAGAUUCAGGAGAUAAAGCACCACCUGUGGUGUGUGAUGGGAAUACGUCUGUGGCUGAGGCACUACCAGAGAUAUCACAUACUGACAUUGAUUCCCAUAAAGCAACACUGUCAGUGGUGCAUGGUGGAAAUGAUCCGAGAGAUACGACACUACCUGUGAAAUGUAAUGGCAAGCUGUACAUAGACGUAGAACCCACUGUAGUGCAUGAUAUAAAUGGUUCCACGGAUGAGGAACUACCAAUGGGGCAGGGUGGGGAUGUUUCUGCUGGGACUAGCAGAGUACUGCCAGAAAUGCAUGCUGAGAUUAAAUGUAAAGAUGAUGAACUGCCCACGCAAGUAUUUCCAGUAUGCGAUGGGAAUAAGCCUUUUGUAGGCGAGUUUCACACACUCAUUCAGCCCAAUAAUGUUUUAGGAGUGGCUAAAAAUGAAAUAGAUGAGGCUGAUGUAGAAACUAAAGAACAGGAAAAAGAAUUGAUGCAGGGUCAGAGUAAAUCUGAUGAUGUCACAACUCAAAGUUCCACAACAUUCCCGCCAGGGUCCCAACAUUCUCAAGACGAGACAUUAGAAAGACUGACAGGUCAGGUGGAAAUACCACCGAUUCCCAGGGAAGACAUCGCACACACAGAUGUUCUACAUUCAAUAGGUGAGGCAUCAGAGAUGGCCCAAGGUCAGGUAGAAAUUCCAUUUAUUGGAGUAGAAAUACCAUUCAUUGGAGUAGAGAAGGAUAGCCAGGAUAUUAAUCACACAGAGGUGCAUGAUACUCACCCAAGUCAGAAAGAGACACUGAUCACAGUCUGUGAUAGUGCUAAUGUGUUAUCAGCUGAAAUGCUAGAAAAAAUAGUUUCAAAGGGAACAGAAUCAGUCAGUCGAUGCCCAACUGUGGAUGAGGUGCUGUAUGGUUACAUCCCCAUUCCUGACAUCUGCAGCGCCUCCUUGGCCAUCUGCGAUGCCGAUGGGGUCAGCAAACCCCUCAGCACUGGGGAAGGUUACAGCAGAUGCCCAACUCCUACAGAAUACGAGCCACCUUUCGUUCCAGGAUUUUCUUAUGUCCAUCACACACCAAACACUGUUUUGUUGCACAAUGCGAAAGACACCAACAGUCCCCGCCUCGAUAGUGGUCUUGCGCUCAUUGAAAAUGAAAAGGAUCAUCAUGAACCAAGUCUUAGUCUCUAUAAAGCUAGGGCUGCUACUGGGUUGCACAAGCUGCAUAAAUCCAGCAACAAUAACACACCAAAUAAUCUGGAAGCCAUUGAUAAUCAGUUCUCUCAAAUAUUGGCUGAUCCUCGCAAGAACCCAAUCGCCACUAGCACACCUCUCAACACUCCCUCAUCUUCUUUAAAGGAAAGAAGCGAUUACGAUCCAUAUUCAAAUAUGCGACUUGCCGCUGUUGAACCAGACCUGCAUGCUCAUUCAAGUCGCCAUUCGCUGCAUAGUUUCUCUUACUCCUUUCCCAACACCCACUGUUCCUUAACAGAGAAAGCUGCCUUCUCUGUGCCAUCAAUCCACCCGGAAGUCCUGUCCAAUGAAACAACAUUAACUGGGAACUUUAGUGAAAUCGCCUUAGAAAGAGAGACUUGUUUGCGUCCUGCCUUAAGUGAGCUCAUCCUACAGUCCACCCGUCUGAGUAUUCCAGCGGGCAGUGGACCUACAGCAGCUUCUCAGAACCUUUCAGUGCACAGUUUUACUCAGCCCCAGCCAAACAGCCAGCAACCUGCCAUGAUUGUGAAUCUCUCCAAGAGUGAGGACAGCAGAGGACAGUACAACUGGGAAGAAGGACCAACAGAUAUUGAUCCUAUGUCUUCAGAUGUCCUAAAAAGCAAACAAACCGAAACCCCUGUCCGCUCAAACACUAAUGCUCACCCUUAUAACACAGAGUAUGCCAGAGAGAUGAGACAGAUUGCGGUUUUGAAAGAUUAUGAGGAUGUUAUGGCUGAUGAGGAUGUUAUGGGUGAAAAUGAGGCGCCUUCUGUAGAUAAAGACAAAAUUGAAUCCAGUUUAGAGACCAAUUGGAUAUCAGAUGACAAACAUUUAAGAAGUAAAUUCCGGUUGAAUAAAACAAGACUUGACUUCAUCAACUCUUUACGCCAGUCUCAGGAAUGGGAGCAAAGGGAAUUUGAUGGGGUUGUGGACUUCAGCAAGCAAGGCAUUUCCUCGUCAGUCACCUUCCAGUCUGAAGAAUCAGACAAAAUACUUUCCCGUAUGGAAGAGAACCAACAGGAGUGGUUAAAGUAUUGUAGGGCUACGAGGAGUGGCAGCCAGAUGGAUAUGACCAAGGAAGAAGACUCCUCAGUGGCAAAGCCACACUUAGUUACCGUUUUGGAUCACAAAGGAAACAGAAUCACCUAUGAAAACUAUCCCGUUUUGAAACCUACAGCAAGCAUGCACACACGGACUGUUCCUGACUCAAACAGACAGGGCUUGAGCAGUUUUCUGGAGUUCUCCAAGAGGUGGGAUGAUACACAUAACGCUGAUGAAUCUGAUCUUACACAGUCAUCUAUGGAUCUGGAGACCCUCAUCUUCUCAGAGAGAAUGAACCAGAUGCUAAAACGUAAGAGUAGUAGCAGCAGCAGGUACAACCGAUCGAGACACCGCAGGUCAAACGUAGAAGAAAGAGCUUCCACCAGUAGCCCGUCUGUGACAGUGCACUUUUCCAGUCUACAGGAGGAUCAGGACGGCUCCGAGGAGCACUGGGAGGCGAUACCGUCACUUGCAGCACAAAAGAUCAGAGUGGAGAUGCCUGAAAGGAUGGCUAUGCCUGAAGAAACAGAUGGAGAACCUCAGCAUCUUAAGAAAUUGUCCUGUACAAAGGGCAGUGAGAUGACGCAUGUAAAAGUUUCAGAUCUGGUUGUGGAUAGUUUCAAGGCGUACCAUGCUAUGAUGACCGAGGUGUGCGCAGGCAAAAAAUACCCAUCCAGAACUGAGAGACUCAAGAGGGAAGAAGCAAAGAGAAACAGUUCGCCAAAGUCUCGAGCUCCAAGCAAAGACUUCUGUGGGCAGAUGAAGGAGGACAUGUAUGACAGCCUGCAUGAUAAUCUGAACUCUGUUGUGAGACAGUCAUGUAAGAACAAAUUCAGGUUCUACAUACUGGUGACAUCAUCUGACCCAUUCUUCAGAGAGACGAAGGAGCUGUUAGAAGCAGAGGGCCACAUUGCGGUAGAACAGUCUCAAUUCUGCCUUGGAAAGGAAAGUCCAUCGUGCCCUCUACACAUCAUCUUAAGGAACGAAGAUAUUGCUGAACACAUUUGUGAGGUCCCUCACUUGCUUGAGUUGAAGAAGUCUCAGAACGUGUUGUUUGCUGGUAUUGACCGUCCUGAUGACAUCGUGAACCUGACCCACCAAGAACUCUUCGGCAAAGGCGGUUUUGUGGUGUUUGAGGGAGCAGCUCUGCACACACUCAGUCUCAGCAACAUGAAGAAAAUGUCUGGUUUCCUGGAGGGACUGAGUAAAAAAGGGAAGUGGAAAUGGCUGUUGCACUACAGAGACAGCCGGAAACUGAAAGAGAACGCACGGUCUAGUGUGGAAGCACAGGGCAAAAAAAUCUUCAUGGAUGUCUGCCAGGAGGCUGGAAUGGUGGAGGUCUUACCCUACCAUGAAUGUGAUGUCAUUUCAAGGGAACGACCCAACUACCUCCACUGUCUCGUUCGCCUACAGGUCCAGAAUGUAUCGGCUCGUUUACCUGUAUUUAUAACUGACACAACGGCAGACAAAGCGUUUGCAAAACAUGGGAUCUUCACAAUGAAUAUUAACUCUUUCCUGCUGAUUUCUCAGAGUGACACAUGCACUAUUUCUUAAGCUGAUGGGGAAGCUGUCCACAGAAGUCCUCAGUACAUCAAAAUGCAAUAACAUUAUAUUUAUAAAGCCAUUUUUUUAGUUGUAACAAAGUUGUCAAAGUGAUUUAAAUCAACCCGACCAAGAGGCCAAUGAGCAGCGGCAAAGAAAUACUCUAAGGAAACCUUCAAACCUCGAGAGGAACCACUCAGGAGGAGGCCCCUUUAAGAAAUAAACAUUUGUAUUCCAAAAUCAACUUUUUAGGGAAUUCUUGGGCGUUCUCUCAGAAGUUUAAUACAUACUGACGAUCUAACCCAGAUCUAAAUAAUUGUAGUGUAAUAAUACAAAAAAAAUACAAUUUUUUUUGUUUUAAUCAAGGCUAAAAACAUUUACUUAGAUCAACGUUUUGGUUCCUUUGUGUAAAUUGCCUUUAAUUUCAUGUAGAUAUAUUUAUUCGUAAUAUUUUUUUUAUAACAGGUAGAUUGUGUAUAGAUUAACAUCUGCUUCAGCAUUAUAUUUCUUCAAUUGUGUAUUUAUAUGUAUGUUUGUAAAGACAUGUAUUGUACUUUUGCGAUAUAAAGAAAUUGAAGUAGUG